AUGCAGACGUUUCAUCCCCCUAGUGAUGGCAGGGGCAACGGCCGGUCUGCCUGCGAUCGCUGCAGACGCCACAAGCUGCGAUGCGAGCGCUCAUCGAACUCGGCAAAGUGCCGUCGAUGUUCGAAAGCCAAUGUCGAGUGUGUCACUGGAGCAGCUCUCAGGUCAGGACGCCCUCCGCUGAAUCGACAACCAUCCGAUGCUUUGGAGACCUGGCAUCUCCAUCAGACGCUUCAAACACCAAGCGAUGCUCCCGAGGCCGACUCUAACACUAGCAGGGAAAUGGAAUUACCGGCAGCACCAAUCACUGUCGAUGGUCUCGAAAACGGGUGGCCAGACGGUCUGCAACAGAACCUAGAUCCAUCACAAGCAUUCCAGCCUCUACGAGACACCCAUCAGCCGGUCUACUCCCAAAUUAACCCUGAGGGCGACUGUCUGAAGCGACUCGGAGAUCUGCAGAAGGAGAUCCUCGUGGAUUUGGAGCUUGUAAAGGCAUGCAAAACAGCCACCGACUGCGCUCAAUUAUCGCUACCUCCCGAGCUGGCGUACAAUUCAUCUUUUCUCGUCGGCCGAAUGCUCGCAAAUUCAAAGACUCUACUCGACAUCUUGGACUCAUUCAGAUCGAUCUCGCCAGCGCCCACUUGUUCCCCGGACGCCAACGCCGUACAGACCUGCACGGGAAGCUUGCGCUGCGACGUCCCGACAAUGUUCUCUCUCUUUUCAAGCUACAUCUGUCUCAUCCGCAUCUACCGCACCAUAUUUUCCUGCAUUCAUGACUCGAUGCCUGUUUUGCUAUCGCUACAACAUCCCGUGCCUCAGCUAUUUCCUGGCAUCAAUUUGGCAGGCUUCACCCUCGAAACGCGCAUCGAUCUGCAAAUCCAGAUCCUCGUCCAAGUAAGUGAAGAUAUGCUCGCGAAGCUCGAAGCCGGUUUUGGCGUGUCAGAAGGUCCCGCCGCCGGCCAAGCAAUCUUUGAGCCCACAAGAACCGCUAGGAUGCUCAGCAUGAUGUUGGAGGAAGAAGCCCAUGAGCAGCCUCCGCUCAAACGAUCAAUGCUGAAAGUACAAAACAAAGAAACUCUGAAGGCUGAGCUUCGGAACAUUUACAUCAUCUUCGGGUGGAUCGAGAGCACUACCCAAAACAAUCCACCCGGAAACCCUCGCAGUUCCUUUACAGGCAAGACCGUCCUCAUCACCGGUGCGAACGUCGGCCUGGGUCUCGAAGCCGCAGUGAAAUUCGCCGCGCUGGGUGCCUCGCGUCUUAUUCUCGGCGUCCGCUCAAUCCAGCGCGGUGAAAAGGCCAAAGAACAGAUCUGCCGGCGGUCGGGAUACAAGAGCGCAGACAUACAGCUAUAUCAGCUCGAUAUGAGCAGCUUUGAAUCCGUCAAAUCUUUCGCCAAGCAAGUGUGUGCGGACGAACCUCGACUCGACGUCGCUGUGCUCAAUGCGGGCAUGGCGGCGUCUUCCUACCAGCGGUCUCCGGAAGGGUUUGAGAUGUCACUACAAGUCAACACGCUGUCGACCGCUCUCCUUGCUGUGCUGCUAUAUCCCAAGCUCCGGAAAUCGGCGGGCAUGUCUGGCGAGUCUUCACACCUCGAGUUUGUGGGCAGUGUCGGCCACCGCAUGGUCAAGCCUGAUGCUCUCGAUGCGGCCCUCGGCAGCAGCUCCAGGGUGCUGGACCUCGUCAACGAGAAGGGGUUCUUCGAUGUCGAACAGCAAUACUGCACAACGAAGCUCUUGCUCUUGCAUGUCAUGGAUGGACUCGUCGCGGCUGCAGCGUCUUCCCCGUACACAAGUCCUAAAGAUCCAGAGGUCAUCAUCACGACAUGCUGCCCGAACCUGUGCCGCACCAACCUUGGUCGCGACUUCUCCCUCCUGCUCAAGCUCCCGACGUACCUGUUCCAACUCGUCUUCGCCCGGUCCGCCGAGGAAGGGAGCAGGAUUCUCGUCAGCGGAACGACUUUGGGGAAGGACGCGCAGGGCCAGUUCUGGAGUCACGAUUGUUUUGACAAGAAAGGCGAGCUAGCCACAAGUCCGAAGGGGAAGGCGUUGCAGAAGAAGGUCUGGAGUGAAAUUGUCGAGAUUUUGAAGGAGCACGUUCCGCAGAGCGAGGAAUAUCUUCUCCAGUGUUAG